UUGGAUGAGCAUCUGCGGACAUAAAUCCGCCGUUCUUGUUCUAAUCUCGACCUCCUUCUCUCCCUUUACUUUUUCUUCUCCCUUUCGUUCAUUCCGAGCGAGACAAAUCCAAGUUUUCACUCUAUUCUCCGCCAUUAUAGAGAGAGAUCGCUCCUACUUUUCAUGGAGUUUUUCUGAUCAAUCGAUCUCUCUCUAACUCUCUGAUUCGAUCGCGGUUUCAAGAGGGCUAACACUCUAAUAAUCUGUCUGGAACUUCGAUCAGAUUAAAAAACAAUGUCUGGAUCAGACGAGAACAAUUUGGGGGUUAUUGGGGCGGCGGCUAAUCUGCAAGGGGGUUUACUCGGCGGAGGUGGGAAAUUUGUGACGGGCAUGGGUCAGAACAGGAGAGCGUUGAGCGACAUAGACCGUAAUGUCACUGAAGCUCCUGGGUGCCCUUGUGCAGUUAACAAAAGAGGCUGUUCAGAAAAUAAGGUUAUAUAUCCCCCAACGCAUUCUGUCAAUGAUAAAAAUCCUCCUAUUCCUUUGAACCGACGAAUUACUAGGAAGUUUGCUGCUCAGCUGGCUAACAAUCAGCAGGCUCAGUUAUCAAAGGAUGUUCAAUUAGGCUCAAACAUAAGGGAUUCUGAAGAUUGUGCAUUAAUAGAUGUGGAAGACUACAAGACUGACUUUCCUGUACCCAUGUUUGUGCAUCAUACGGAAUCAAUUUUGGAGGAAACUGAUGAGAUGGAGGAAGUUGAAAUGGAAGAUAUGUCUGAUGAGCUUGUCAUAGACAUAGACAGCUGCGAUAAGACGAAUCCUCUAGCAGUAUCAGAAUACAUUGAUGAGAUAUAUGCCUAUUACAAGAAAGUUGAGAAUUCUAGCUGUGUAUCAGCCAGCUAUAUGGAAAACCAACCAGAUAUAAAUGAGAAGAUGAGAGGAAUUCUGAUUGACUGGCUAAUAGAGGUCCACUACAAGUUUGAAUUAAUGGAUGAGACAUUGUAUCUUACGGUCAACUUGAUUGAUAGAUUUUUAGCCGUUCAUUCUGUGCCAAGGAAGAAACUUCAGUUGGUUGGGGUUACGGCCCUACUUCUAGCCUGCAAAUACGAAGAAGUUUCAGUUCCUGUUGUUGAGGAUCUCAUUCUGAUUUCUGACAAGGCUUACAGCAGAAAAGAAGUGCUUGACAUGGUAAAUUUUAAUGGAAGAAAUAAUAUCAUAUUCACAGUUUCAUUUAUCCGUACAUUUUCUCAGCGAGCUUACUGUAAUAUAUGCUUGCAGGAGAAGCUAAUGAUCAAUACUUUGCAAUUCAAUCUAUCAGUUCCCACGCCAUAUGUGUUUAUGAGAAGAUUUCUCAAAGCUGCUCAAUCUGACAAGAAGCUUGAGCUUCUAUCAUUCUUCAUGAUAGAAUUGUGCCUGGUAGAGUAUCCAAUGCUCAAGUUUCCCCCUUCUUUGUUAGCUGCUGCUGCAAUUUACACAGCUCAAUGUGCCAUAUGCGGCUUUAAGCAAUGGAGUGCAACGAGUGAGUGUCACAGCGGCUAUUCCCAGGAGCAGCUCUUAGAAUGCUCAAGGAUGAUGGUUACUUUCCAUCAGAAAGCUGGAACAGGGAAGCUCACAGGGGUUCAAAGGAAGUACAAUACAUCUAGAUUUGGCUAUGCGGCAAAAGUGGUACCAGCUGAAUUCAUAUUGGAGGGUUUGAGAUGAUGAUGAUGAAGAAAGAAGUGAUGACUCUACUCUAACUUGACUCUCUCUUUCUUAACUAUGAUGCUAAAUGGUUUUGGGUGUUGGGGUAUAUAUAAUUAAAAGGCCAACAUAAGUUUCCCUUGCUCGGGAGCCUUUUUUUGACUUUUUUUUUUGGAAAGACUAAGUUUGAUAACUGUGUAUCUUUUGGUGUAAAAGAGUCUCUCUCUCUCUCUCUCUUUUGUGUCUUGUAAGAAUUUGAGGAGUGAGAGGGAGAGAAUGUGUCAUAAAUUCACCCUUGCUUGGGAGUUUUCUAUGAAAAUAAUUGGAUGGGGACUUUGAUAUU